AUGAGCUACUCCUUUGAUAAGAACAUGAUAUGUGUAAUCUGGCCCGGGAUAGUUUGCACUCACUCUGUGUGUUUAGGCUUUAAAGAGAGUCCCUUAACAACCUACGUUUAUAGCAACAGAGUAGUAAAACUAUCACUAAAGGCACCCAGAGGCACAAGCAAAAGAGACAGACUUGUGUUAGACAGAGAGAGACAUAGAGUGAGACUGAGUGGGGACCAAAGAGAUCAAGAGUCUAUAUGAGACAUAAAAAGACAAAACAACGUGAGACAGAAACAAACAGAUAUAUGAGUGAAAGACAAAAAUAGACAACAAUUUAUGGGCGAUAAAAGAGAGAUAAAAGGAAUACAAAGAACAACUCAAGCUACGCUGUAGAACAUCCACAGCAGUAAGAUUCAGCAUGUCACGGGCAUGAUCUUGUGAUGACCAAGACAUCACCAACACAAGAUCCCAGAAAGUUCAUUAGCCACAAUUCUUUGUAACCUAAGAACCAGCCAGAAUUGUCUGCAACCAUGCCCAAAAAGAAGAUGGGAAAAAAGAAAAGUGGCCCAAAGGGAAAGAAAAUCACUUUAAAAGCGGCCAAAAAUUCCGUAAAGAUCACAUUUGAUGGCAAGCGAAGACUAGAUCUCUCAAAGAUGGGCAUUGCAGUGUUGCCCAAGUGUCUGCAGAAGUUAAGUGAUGUGGAUGAGUUAGACCUUAGCCGAAAUCAACUGCGCAAACUGCCCGAUUGGAUCCAGCGCUUCCAGAACUUGCGCUGGUUGGACCUGCACAGCAACCAGAUUGACAAGCUCCCCGAGUCCAUUGGUCAGCUACAAAAACUGUUGUACCUCAAUGUCUGCAACAAUAAACUAACUUCUAAGGGAGUUCCAAUAGAGCUUAGUCAGUUGACGAAUCUCCGUCAGCUCAAUCUUGGACUUAAUGACAUUGAUUCUUUACCUUCCACCAUAGGAGCUCUCAAAGAGCUAAAAGAGGUGGGUCUGUUUGACAAUCAUCUCACUUCAGUGCCUCCAAACCUCUUGAAACUGCCUAAAAUCAAGAAAAUUAACACCAAGAGGAAUCCCAUUCCCCCCACAGAGGAGGAGCUUGAGGCAGAGAAGCAAGAAUCUAUCCGAAGGGUAGAAGCUCUGCACCUUGUGAAUGAAAAGGACCUAUGCAGCCCAUGUGUCACAAAGUGCCAGCAAGAGAGAAGCAAGAUAAAUAUGCUGAGCAGAAUUGUGUCACCUUUACUGAAUAAAAAAAUAUUUCAUAAUCUGGUAACCCCUAACUCUAUAGCCAAAGAUACCCAGGUGAAAGUUGAGGUUUAGAAAAAAAAAGUAAAUGGGGCUGGGAAUGGAAGUAGAUAGAAACUUAACAUCAU